AUGGCUUUUACAUUGGGACAUGUAUUUUCUCAUAUUCUCAUCUUUGUAAGCUUACUCUCAAUAUUCUUAGGGACCCCUUCCUCUUGUUUUAAACCGAAAAAGCUUUUUAGUGUUGCUUCCAACUUCACAUCUGAUGCAGAUUGGCAGUCUACAAUGGCUACAUGGUAUGGAGCACCAGAAGGUUUUGGAAGUGACGGUGGUGCUUGUGGAUAUGGAAAAGCUGUUAGUCAGCCUCCAUACAACUCAAUGAUAUCAGCUGGAAACCCAUUCAUCUACCAAUCGGGCAAAGGCUGUGGCACAUGUUAUGAGGUGAAGUGUACAGAAAAUUCUGCUUGCUCAGGCAACCCUGUUACGGUAUUUAUCACCGAUGAGUGUCCUGGCUGUCCUCAUUAUUUUGAUUUGAGCGGUAAAGCUUUCGGUUUAAUGGCAAAAUCAGGUCAAGCUAACAACCUACGUAAUGCUGGAAAAAUAUCUGUUCAAUAUCAAAGGUAA